AUGGCCACGCCAGCUGCAGCAACGCUGCCUGCGGUCAAUGCCUUCCCGGCGCCUUUCCCAGCACCCUCCAAAUCAGCAGCUGGAGAAAUCAACGGCACGCACACCGAAGUCACAUCAAUCGCCUUCACAGACAAAUUCGUCAUUACCAUUUCGCAGGCCGGCAAACUCGCUCACUGGGUUCACGUCCCAAUCGCCGCCGCUUCAGCAGAUCCGAUGAAUCCUGGAAUCAUGUCGACAUCAUCCUCGGAGAACAACUUGCUGCCAAUGAGCCACCUGACAGCGACUACCGUGCUGGGUGGCACGAAACGCGAGGAUGAAGUGGUUGGACAGACGCUGGCUACGACCAUUGCGAGCGCUAUCUUGAUGGCAUCACCUAGCGAGGAACGACUCCUUGUGGUUGGUCUGGGCCUCAAUGAUGCUGCUGGCCAUUUCACCGGCAGAGCACAGUUUGAUGAGGCUGUGGGAUUGGUGCUUGAAGUGCUGUGA